CUGGAUUCGGUCCCCUAGGGUUCAAAAGGCUCGAGGAUAUGCUUCCCUUCCGCUUCUUGCGUCGCGGGAAACGACGUUGGUUAGGUGCUGGCAGGUGAAACCAGACGGCCAAACAAGAAUCAACAGCUGCCGCCGACCGAAAACCUAGCCCUCUCUCUCUCUCUCCGCCCCGCGCUAAAAUCCUCAAUUCAGGGUUCCGUUUGGGCUCGGAAAACGUUUCUAGCUAGUAGCUCCCGAUGAAUCGGCCCGCAGAAACCUCGAUUGGGGUUCUUGCGGCCUGAACCUAGAGACCCUAAUCCGCAGAUCGAGGUCGGUUUCGCUUUCUCCUCCCAUGGCGAUCAUUGGCGACGCGCUUCGGCAGGCAUUCAUGCCGAAGCAUGAGUACGAGAGCCUCCGGGAGGAGGAGAAGGCCUGGGGCCGCCUCCAGAGACCCCUGGCCGUGGCCCUCGCGGCGGCAUUCGGCCUUGCAGUCGUCGUCGCCGUCUCCGUGAGCAUGAGCAUCGUCUUCCCUGGAGAGGCCGCCCGGCGGCCGUUCUGCCGGGACCCCAGGAUCCAGGCGCUGCCGAUGAACACCAGCCAGGAGCCUGAUCUGUACGGGUACCACGGCGCGUUUUAUUUGACGGACGAGGAGGCAGCGGACUAUUACUGGCUGGUUGUCUUCAUCCCAUCGGCGAUCGUCUUCUUGGCGUCGGUCGUCUACCUCUUGGCCGGAAUAGCUGUUGCAUAUUCCGCUCCAAGAAGACACAUAUGCCUCAAGGUAGUGGAAAAUAACUACUGUGCAUCAAAAAGAGGUGGGGUACGUUGUCUAUCGAUUCUCAAUGUGGUGUUCGCGGUGAUCUUUGGUCUUCUUGCACUAUUUCUUGGGUCAAGCCUUCUCACACUAGGGAGUAGUUGCUCCGUUCCACUAUUCUGGUGUUAUGAGAUUGCGUCUUGGGGUCUUGUAACCUUGUAUGGUGGCACUGCCUUCUUUCUGAGAAGAAAAGCGGCAGUAAUCCUUGAUGAGGGCGCCUAUGCUGGCCGAAACCUUGGAUUGGAGAUGUUGGAACCAACCAGAGAAGUGACACCAGAAAUGGAGAGGCGUGUGAAUGAAGGUUUCAAGGCGUGGAUGGGAUCUUCCCUCCUUUCUUCUGAUGAAGAAGAUGAGCCUGAUUACAAUCUAGAGGUGGCUCGACCCGUUCUAACUGACUCUACCCUGCAAAGAGGGUGAAGUUUGUUGUUUGAAAUUCUGUACAUCAAUCCUUGUCCGGCUUUGUUUUUUUUUUUUUUCCCCUUUUAUUUUUAUAUUUUUUUAAAAAAAUAUUUUCUGUGGGUUUAGAAUGUAAUUAUGCAAAACCACCACUGUUUAUGCUGUCAUAUACCAACUGGUGAAUUUAGAUACACGUCCAUGCAAAAGAAUUUGGGGUUCGUACUA